AUGGUAUUGGUCAUUUCUUUCCACCAUUGGGAGAACUUUGGGUACGGUGUUCCACGGCUAUACGCCUCAGCCAAAGUCUGCUGCUGCGUCUCCGUCUCGCUGUCGUUUUUCUUCCGUGUAGUGACGGCGGAGGUGGACUGGUCAGUGUUAGCCUUAGCUGCCUUCAAACGCCGACUUUCAUCAUAUUCUUUUUCAUGGUUUUUCCGCAAAUGAUAAAAGAGGUUCGUUGUGUUUGAAUCAGUUGUAGCGACAUGGCGGCGACAAACUUUACAAACUACAGUAGUCUGCUCCGUAUCGCUCCUUUUAAACCCAAACCAUGACCACACAACCGACAUGGCCCCCCGUUUGGGCAGCAGCUCCUCCAUCUGUGUUAGCUCGUAAAUAUUUGAUGCACGAGAAUUGUCCUCUAUUUCCCCACAAUCACCCGGCUCCUCCAUGCUUGUUUUUUCUUCCCAGUGGCAGUAGCAUGUGUGGGCAUGCCAUAUAUGGAGCGUCACGAUGUAAAACACUGCCGUAAAGCGUGUUUUUGUGACACCGCGAUAGAAACAAUAGAGCUCAUAUAUCCCGAUAGAAAUUUUCUAUCGUUUAGACGAAACAUAUCGUCAUAUUGUGAAGCCUUACUGUCUCUGCCUUUUCCCCCAGCCACCUCACCCACAACAUGCCUCCACUCCAUCUGGCUUUGUCAGCUGUGCCAGCCUGGCUGUGAAGAUCCUGGAGCUGGAAGGAAGAAUCUCCACUCUCUACAAGAUCCAGGAAGCCGAGAAACAUCUCGAGAAACAUCUCGAUACCGGCACCGGAUACUCUUCAAACCAGCAUAAUCUGACACAAGUAGUGGUCUGGAGCCAGAUUCCACCGCUCCUACUGCUGCUGCUGUGUUCACCUCUACUCCAGAACCUGCUGUCACCACUCACAGUCCUGCCGGAGAAUCAGCAUCUCCUCCUGAGCCUGUCACCGCUCACGGUCCCGCUGCUACUCCACUCCCCAUCUUCGAUGACUCCUGGGCCCGGUUCGGGGCUAAGCCCAAGUGGCUGGUCAGCUCAUCCGAGCUAUGGUCGUGGGUUGGUCCCCACAGCAGGAGAGGGAAGAGUUCCCAUCAGGCACGUCCUGACUUCAGCCUCCCUCUUCAGAACACAGAUUUUAUUUUGGGCCGACACACAAGCUUGGCCACACUCUGGACUUAGUGAUAUCCAGAGGUCUGACUAUCACUGGCCCUGUUUACAUGGGUAGUUUUCCUCAAUCUGAUUGAAAUCAAUCGGAUUAAGUGAAUCUGAUCCAGCCGCGUUACACAGCAAGAAGUGUACGCUUCGUCAGUCGCACGAAACAACUCACUUUAACACUCCACCGUCCAGUUUUUCUGUUUGUUCGCCAUGUUUGUUUUCAUUUGGGCGCGCGAUGCAUACGUCACUAUGUGCCUCUUACAUACUACCGAGCGCCUGUGCAGACCGAACAAGCCUCUCUGUAAACCCAAUCCAUUCCAGUCAGCCGUACAUAUGGAGCAUGGAGCGGAUUAUCAAUCGGUGUAGACUACCUCUUACAAUCUGACCCGAAAUACAAUCAGAUCCGGGUGAAUAAGAUUGGCUAAGGUGUUUAUAUGAGACAUUUUGAAUCUGAUUGACCUUUCAAUCUGAUUGUAAAUGGGAUUUUUGGACCCAUGUAAACAGGACCUCUGUUGACUAGAUAAUUGAUAGACCCGAACUAUCAGAUCACUGUGUUGUGUUUUAACAUGACUGUCUCAGACUUGGAUAAAGACAAUUCAGAACACAUUAUGAAAAACUGUUGUUUCACCCAAUCGGCAGGCAAUGACUUUCCCCUUCAUCUAGCAAGUGCAAAUCCCCUGCCCAAUGCUUCCUCGGUGAAUGAUCUGGUUCACUAUUUUGAUGUCAAAUUAGAGUCGGCCCUAGACAUAGUGGCUCCUUACAAAAUCAAAAAGAAAAAUAACUCUGCAGCAACACCAUGGCUCAACGAACACACCCGCUCACUCAAAUGAGAAUGUCGCAGAGCAGAGAGUUUGGAGGAAAAGCAAACUAACUGUUCAUGAAGAGAUUCUUAAGAAAUCAACGGUUGCCUAUGAGAGAGCCCGGCGUCUGGCAAGGCGGGAAUAUUUUUCUGAGAUUAUAAACGAGAACAAGGGAAAUUCGAGAGUUCUCUUUUCCACCAUUGAACACGUUUUAAACCCCCGCAAUUAUACAAACACUCCCUGCUUCUAAAGUUAAAUGUAACGAGUUUGCAUCCUUUUUUGAUAACAAAUUCUCAAAUAUGCGAGCUGAUAUUACGAGUGCUGCUGCUGGCAUGAACACCCUUACUGUGAGCAUCAGGUGUUUACAAGUGUAGAUCCCUCUAGGGGUAGCCUUAAGUCAUUCUGUGCAGUUAAUGAAGAACUCUGCAAAAUCAUAUCACAGAUGACCUCAUCAUCCUGCUCACUGGAUGUAAUCCCUACACCUUUUCUCAAAGAAGUCUUGGACAGUGUGAUUAGUGAUAUCGUAAAGAUUUUAAACUGCUCCCUACAUUCUGGUGUCUUUCCUGACCCCCUUAAAAGGGCGAUAGUUAGGCGCUUACUCAAGAAACACAACCUUGAUCCUUCUGUACUAUGUAACUAUAGACCCAUUUCUAAUCUUCCCUUUGUGGGAAAAAUUUUAGAAAAAGUUGUUUUUAAUGGUUGGAAGUUUUUUUUACAGAAUAAUGAUAGACAUAACAAAUUCCAGUCUGGCUUCAGAAAAGGUCACAGCAUGAAAACGGCUCUUUUAAAGGUGGUCAAUGACCUUAGGGUGGCAUCUGACAAGAAAAAUGUAUCUGUUCUCCUACUACUUGACUUAACGGCUGCAUUCGACACAAUUGACCAUGAUAUUUUAUUACAUCGUCUGGAGUACUGGGUUGGGGUAUCAGGUGUGGCCCUGUCCUGGUUCCGCUCUUACUUAAAAGGCAGAAGCUUUUCUGUCAGUCUAGCUGAGUUUUACUCAGACAAGUAUGACAUUUGUUCUGGUGUUCCUCAGAGCUCAAUCCUUGGUCCACUAUUGUUUUCUUUAUAUAUAUUGCCACUGGGAGAACUUAUCGGUAAUCAUGGUGUGAACUUCCACUUUUAUGCUAAUGAUACCCAGCUGUACCUCUCUGUAGCACCAGAUGAUCCAAGUGCUUUAGACUGCCUGCUGUCCUGUCUAGCUAGCAUCAAAUGGUGGAUGACUGACAAUUUUUUUAAACUAAAUGAGGAUAAAACUGAAAUCCUUACAAUUGGUGGUACUAAUGAGCAGAGGGAAUCAAUAAGGAGUAGACUAGGUAACCUGACUGUUGAAAGUAACAAUACAGUAAAGAACUUGGGGGUUAUAAUCGAUUCGAAAUUGAACUUCAAUACACACAUUAGUCAUGUUACCAAAACUGCCUUUUUUCAUCUUAGAAAUAUUGCAUGCAUUAGAGCUUAUCUGUCACUCGACGACGCCAAAACAUUGAUCCAUGCCUUCGUUUUCUCCCGGCUUGAUUACUGUAACGCACUCCUCUCUGGCCUGCCAAAGAAAACUACAGACAGGUUACAACUUGUUCAAAAUGCCGCAGCCAGAGUCUUAACUAAAACCAAGAUGAGAGAACAUAUUACUCCAGUUCUAGCGUCACUGUACUGGCUUCCGGUUGUUUUUAGAAUUGAUUUUAAAAUUCUUUUACUUGUUUAUAAAGCUCUUAAUGGUCGGGCACCCUCCUACCUAGUUGACUGUCUACCCAGAUAUGUUCCAAACCGCUCUCUCAGGUCAUCCAGUGCUGACCUGCUUGAAAUACCUAAAAUGGCUGUCAAGUCCCCACAGUUUUCAGUUCCAAAUGACCCAGGACAACUCGAUUUCCAACUCAAUCAGCUUUUUUAUUUUCCACUUUUCAUUUGGCUCUUUGAUGUUGAUUGGUUGUUCUUUUUCAUCAGGUUGUAAACCUUCAAGACAGAAACAACAAUUAGCAACAUGCCAUAUCAAAGAAUAAAUCACUUUUAAUAAUUCAAUAAUUAAAUUUUUAAAUGUUGCCAUUAAUUUAAACACAUUAGAACAUUUUUAGUUAAUUAACCAAUGUUUUAACCAAUUAAUAUAUUUAAACUAAGUGUUUUAAGGCAGCUUAUCAAGUUAAACAUUCAAUUGUUUUCGUAACUUUUGUACAUUGAGUUUAAACUUUAAAUGAUAUGUUUAAGCAUUUUAAAUUGUCUUUAGAUUAAACUAAACUUUUAAAUUGUUAAAAGGUAAGUAAAUUCCAAGGUAAGUAAAUUUUAAACUUUUAACUUAGACCUUUUUAAGCAAAUAAGCAAAAUAAAUUAGGGCCUUUUCAAAUAAAGUUCUACCAACAUAUAAGUACUUAAACUUAAAGCAAAUGUUGCUGCAAUGCAAUACUGCCUUUUCCCACAAUACAUUUUAACAGUAGCACUUAACAAGCAGCAUCUCUAACACAUUUCAAACACGCAAGGUAAGUGAAAAGACUACCGACCAUUAGCGUCAUGGAACUUGUAUAGUUGAGUAGAACUUGAUUCUUUGUCCUUUUUGUGGAGCUGCUUCUGCUUGAAGUUGUUUGCUCUUUUGUUCUCUGCCACAACUCAACCAGCUUUUCAGGUGUUCCUAAUCAGCCGACACCCAAAGGUCGGCCAUCUUUGGUGUACAGGGCGGCCAUUUUAGGUAUACCAAGGGGCGGCCAUCUUGAAUGUCCCAUGGGUGGCCAUCUUGGGAGUACAAAUCUGAGUUUUGAGGUUUGCCUCGACUAUGGCGUAUAAGAAACAUAGAGAAGCAGCAUUCUGUAUCAUUUUCUGUAAGUUCAAUAGUGUGCGUGUGUUUCCCUUUUAAUAAUUUGCAGGAAAUCUUGCUCUCCAAUGCACCUGUCUUAAAUGAUAGAUUUGCAAAGUACCCCUUCCAUUGUAGAUAAACAAAACACAGAAGCAUCCACACAAUUCUGAAAACUUUAGGUUUAUAUAUCAACGGCCUGACUCUUUAAGCACAACUCUGUUUAUCCCCCCCAAGUAUGACUUUAUAUCAGAGUUUUAAGAAUCUCUGAACACAACCUACAUUUGUUCACCUGGAAGCACUGGCCUUUAAAAUACAACACCCUGGUUACCAGUGAGUCUCACCCAUGUCCCACCUGUAAAUACUCAGCACUGCACACUUCAGUGAUUUGUUUGAGUAUGAAAUAGGCCUUCAGUGACUUACAGUAUAUAUCCACAUAGAUGAAUGGUAAAGAUUAAUCUGCUAUUGAGAUGCAGGCUUUUUUCACCCCGUCAGUAUCAGUGAUCUCUAUAUGUAAGGGCCUUACCUGUGUGAGUUCAGAGUUUUACUGCCUUUAUCAACAAUUUCAUUACAUCUUUAAUUAAAAAAAACUUGUAUUAAGAGGGUGAGAAGGCAGUAAAGCGGGUCAGGGACAGACACCAGAAGCUGGUAUUGAAUUUCACUUGAUUUGCCUGUCAACCUUUGUCACUAUCUUCCACAUUAAAUGUUCCUUUAAGGUCAGCACACUGACAGUCCACAGAGCACCACCAGAAUGGAGAGGAUCUUGCUGGGUCUCUUGUGCCUCUCAGGUCAGUAAACCUUCUACUUCAUCAGAUGACUCUGGUUCUGCUAAAAAAGAAAAAAAAAAGAAAGAAAACUGAUGAUUGAACUUACUUUGAUGAAAUGGUUCACAUAAAUUAGAACAGGUGCAUGUUAAGCUUUUUGUUGCAUCACCUGUUCCCCUCACAACACUGUUAAAAACUGGGAACCUGCAAUAGUUCAGGUCUCCUUUGUUUGUUAUUUCAUUCGUGAUGCACCAUGAUGGUUUUCGGUGGAUGACUGCAGGCAGGCCAGUUAUGCAUGCAGAUUCUCCUACCACAGAAUCCAUGUGCCAUGUGUGCAAAAUGUACUGAAGCUUUGUAUCUUCUUGGUAUACCAUUUGAGAUCUUCCCUGAAAAAGUCAUUGUCCUGAUGACAGCAUAUGCUGUUCCUAUACUCAUUCAUAUUGUUCAGCAUUAAUGGAGCCUUUACAGGUGUGGAUGCUACCUGUGCUGUUGACACUUUCGGUCCCCAUACAAUCAGGGAAGCUGGCUUUGACCUGUGUGCUGAUCACAAGCCAGAUUGUCCCACUCUUCUUUGAAGGGAAGGAUGCAUCCAUGAAUUCCAAAACGAAUAUUCGAGAUGUGGUAAAGAGCAUGUCAUCGGUACCCACAAAUACCCAUACCAUCAGAGAUGCUGAAUCUUGAACGGUACACUAAAUAAUAGCUUUAGAGGAAAGAUGCAGUGUCCAAGAUUUCCAGAGAGAAUGAAAGAAAACUUUGAUUUCUCAGGUCACAGCACAGUUUCCCACCUUCACCAUCUCAAAGUGACUCAGGCCCAGAGAAGUUCAUAUUAUUCUGGUUCUUCUUUAUAUGGUGCGGUCUUAACCUGCAUCAGUGGAUGCAGUCACAAAUUCUGAUCAUAUACAAUGUGUUCUAAAAGUGAUUUUAAAUCCACUCAGUGGUUUCCACCACAGAGUAAUACUCACAGCCAACCAGUAUUAGUUCACCACAUUAAUCAUAUUUAUUGAGAGAUGAUACUUUGCUUUUUUUUCAGCACUUAAGAUUUGUCUCAGUUAAUCCUGCCUCUGUUCAUUAAAUCAUUUAAAACCAUAAGAUUUUAUAGUUUUAACAUUGCAUUGUAUUUCACUGCUACAGGGCCCUAGUGAUGUCUACUUAUUAACCUGAUCAAGAGAGACACACCAUUCACAGCAGUCUCCAGUUCAUGGGCAGAGAUUUUUUUAGAUGUUUAAAUUAGGGGAGGGCGGCUUUUUUGGGGCAAGAUGUGUAUUUCAGCAGAUUGGUUUAUAAACAAAUCGAAAUGAUUCUAGAACACUGGGAAAUACAGAAAUAAAACAUGACAGCUUUGUGAUGUUGCAAUGAUAAAACAUUUCAGCCUUUAGUCAUAUAUGUUCUCCUCACAGGCUGGCACUUCAUCUCCUGCCCUGCUUAUCAGUACCACUUUGUUUCUGAAGCUGAGACCUGGACUAAAGCUCAGGCCAUCUGCAGAGAGAAAUAUACAGACCUGGCCACCGCCAAAAACACUGAAGAAAUGAACCAGCUCAUAGCCACAGUUUCAUCUCAUGGUUACAACAAUUUGGUUUGGAUCGGUCUGUACACUAAGAUUGACUGGAAAUGGUCAGAUGGCUACACAGCAAGUGGGAAUCAAUACAUGAACUGGGAAAAUAUUGAUGACGAUGAACCUGACUUUCGUUCAGGUGCACAGUUCUGUGGAGAUAUUGAAGAUUAUGGAAAAUGGUGGGAUGCGAAUUGCCUUGAUGAGCUGCACUUCGUUUGUUACACAGGUAAGGGUUCAAAAUAAGGGUGAGUCAAGACUUGUUUAAUGGACCAGGGAUCAGAGAUAGGUUUAUUACCAAAAGGGUUUGCACAAACAAGGACUCUGUCAUGGUGUUUGGGUGUUUUAGUGCCAAAUUAAUGACCACAGAUUAACAAUCCAAAUAAAAAUAGAAAUAUAUGAGUCAAAAUAGCAACAUACAGAUGGAAAUAAGUAAACAGCUUUUUCAUAGAAAUUCUAUUACUGUCAAGGAACCUUUAAAAGGAUACAAAAUCUAAGUAAAGCACAGGUAGACCAAUUGAUUGGGGUGACUAAUGAGGCCGACCAACUGCAUUUUGAAAUGAUCAGCAUCUUCUGAUAUCUGGACUCAUUAGUCCAACUGAAAACAUGAACAUAUCAUGUCUGUAGACACUGCAGGAAGCGCUGACAAGGAAAGCACUGCCAAGCAACAUCAGCAUUCCCUUGAAUGAAAACAGAAGUUAAAACUAACGACUGCUGACCAGUGUUUGAUAUAAAUAUGUCAUAUGUCUGUAUAAGAGCUCAGUGUAUUUUUCUAUUUUGUGAAAGUAUUUAAAACUCAUGCGAGACGUGUGCCCAGCUAAGAUAGUCAUGUAUGUUAGAUAGCAAUUUUCAUAGAGUAAUGGCUUUCAUUACUGUUUCAUUGUUAUAUCUUAUAAAAUGCAAAACAUUGGCAGUAUGAUAUCAGCUUGAUACAUCUUCAACUAGCCAAUCUCCUCUGAAAUUAUCAGUAUUGGUGGAAGCUGUUAAAAAAAACAACAACAAAAAAAAAAAACUGUAUUGUUCUACCACUAAUAGAAAAAAAACUUGAACAAAUUUGGUAUGGAGGGUUGUACACACUGUAAGUGCAAGACGGUGCUGAGCAAUGUAAGUGCAAAAUCCAGUGGGACCAAAUAGAGCCCACACUUAUACAGCCUGAGUAGUUGAUUUAAGUCUAUCCUCCGGAAAGACAACUACCAAUUUAUGGUAUAUAUACUAUAUAUAUAUAUAUUUAAUUUAAUGCCACUUGAACUGGCCGGUCAGGUGUGAAGUAAAUGAUAGUCGCAUCUCUGUCAGGAAAUACUGCCACUUUCCAACAGAUUUUUAAGAAGAUAACUUUGAAUGAAACAUGUCCUCAUUUUUUUAACUCUCACUGCAGGUACACCACAGAAUGCUGAGUUUGUUUUUGUUGAGGAGAAAAAAAGUUGGUUUGAUGCUCAGAGGUUCUGCAGGGAGAACUACGUAGACCUGGCAACUGUAAGGAACAGCACAGAGAACCAGAGGCUUCACGACACACGGCCAAACUCAGAAUGGGCAUGGAUUGGUUUGUACAGAGCUCCCAACCUUCACUGGUCUGAUGGGACCUACUCCACACUUCCACACUGGGAAAGUGGAGGAAACCCACUGGGCUUCUUGCCUGUGAUAUGUGGAGCUGCAUCUAUGUGGAGAGAAGGGAAAUGGUGGGCACUGCCCUGUGUAAAAAAAUACCCAUUUGUGUGCCACACCUCUGGUAAGUGACUUAACUGUCCUUCUGUUAAACUUUGGUAUAUCACAGUUAUUACAUGGCAUGUUUGUGUUCACUGUUUCUGAACAAAAUAGCUGGAGACAAAUGUUAAAAUGGUAAAACAUCUCAGCUCUUUGUAAUAUGUGCUUAACUCACAGACUGGCACCUCACUGCCUGCCUUCCCCAUCAGUACCACUUUGUUUCUGAAGCUAAGACCUGGACAAAUGCGCAGACCUUCUGCAGAGAGACUUACACAGACCUGGUUACAGUCAAAAACACUGAAGAAAUGAACCAACUCAUAGCCACAGUUUCAUCUUAUGGUUACGACUCUUCCUUCUGGAUAGGUGUGUCCAGUAUGAUUGAAUGGAAAUGGUCAGAUGGCUACACAGCAAGUGGGGAUGAAUACAUGAACUGGCAAAAUAUAAAGAACAAUGAACCUGACUUUGCUUUAGUCAGUCAGUUAUGUGUGGAUGUUACACAUGAUGGAAGAUGGUGGGAUGAUAACUGCUAUCAAGAGCUGCACUUCGUUUGUAACACAGGUAAGAGAUAGAGAACAACAACGGCCUUUUUGGACUGGGCUGGCCUAGAAUAGCACACUGACUAAAUAGAUGUUUCUACACACGUCCAUCUUCUGAUAAAACACAGCUUACUUUAUGAUUUUGGCUCAGCAUUAGAGUUGGCCACCAGGUUCAAAAGAAGGUUCAUACAUGCCCCACUGAAAGGGUACUGCCAGGUUUACAAAGUUUAUUGUUCAUUGAUCAUUUCAUCAGUUUUAAAACUUCAACUGCAGAUACACCACAGGAUUCUGGGUAUGUUUUUGUCAAGGAGGAAAAGAUUUGGUCUGAAGCUCAGAGGUUCUGCAGGGACAACUACAAAGACCUUGCCACUGUGAGGAACAGCACAGAGAACCAGAGGCUGCAGAGCUUAAUACCAGAAGACGACUACCCAUGGAUUGGUUUGCACAGAGAUACAAACCUUCACUGGUCUGAUGGAAGUGACUCCUCCUUCCAGUUUUGGGAUUAUGGUGCAACAUCACUGGGCUCCAUGAGUGUGGUAUGUGGAGCUGCAGUUGUGUGGAGAUCAGGACAAUGGUGGGCAUUGCCCUGUGAAGAAAAACAUCCAUUUGUGUGCUACACCUCUGGUAACUGACUUAACUGUCCUUCAGUUAAACUUUGGUUUCUCACAGUUAUUACAUGGCAUGUUUUUGUUCUCUGUUUCUGGACAGAAUUGGCAAAACAAGUGAUAACACAGGAAAUAAAGACAGGGGACCCCUCUAAGAACCUAAGUGAUCCUGCUGUGAGAGCAGACAUCCUUGGAGAGGUGAGCCUCUGCAUAAAAAGAAAAAAAACUCCAUUAAAUACUUACUUUGUUCAUUAUUUCUUUGUUUCUUUGUCUGAGUUACUUUCUAUUUUCAUGAGUAAAAGUAAUGCUGCUUUUAACAAACACAGAUUUAAAUUAAAAUUGUGUCUAUUUAUUUUUCCAGCUCCAGAGCUGGCUCAAGGAGAAUGGACCAAGCGGAGUCCCCUUAAAGUGGGAAGAGCAGCCUGAUUAG